AUGAAUCAAUUUUCAGGCAUACGCUACGCAAGAGAUGUUUGUGCUGAUGAAGUAAAAGCUCUUGCUUCUCUCAUGACAUACAAAUGUGCCUGCGUCGAUGUGCCAUUUGGAGGAGCUAAAGGAGGUAUCAAAAUAAAUCCCAAACAGUACUCAGAAUUCGAAUUGGAAAAAAUUACUAGACGUUUCACUAUAGAACUGGCGAAAAGAGGCUUUUUAGGACCUGGCAUUGAUGUACCUGCCCCGGAUAUGGGCACUGGACCAAGAGAAAUGAGUUGGCUAGCUGACACAUUUCAAGAAACAUUAGGUCAUUAUGACAUGAAUGCUCAUGCUUGUGUAACUGGGAAACCAAUAUCUCAAGGAGGCAUCCAUGGUCGCAUAUCUGCCACUGGAAGAGGAGUUUUCCAUGGAAUAGAAAUGUUUAUUAACAACAAACAUUACAUGGAUCAAAUUGGGCUAUCUACUGGACUGGAAAACAAAACAUUUAUUGGAUUUGGAAAUGUUGGUUUGCACACAAUGAGAUAUUUGCACAGGGCAGGUGCUAAAUGUGUAGGAGUUAUGGAAUGGGAUUGUAGUAUUUUUAACCAACACGGUAUUGACCCAAGAGAAUUAGAAGAUUGGUUUUUGGUGAGUCCUCUGAUUCAUAAUUUUUGA